AACUUCGCGUCGUUGCGUUCUCAAAACAAAUACCUAUGUACUUGCGUCCUGCCAUCCAUUGUUUAUCAAACACAUUUUGGUUGAUACUACUGCCCUAAAUAUUUUGAAAAUCCAAAUAGAUUCUCUGUUGUGUUCCUAUUACUGUUUUUAAGUGAUUAGAGCUUUGUUUACGUUCGUGUAAUCGAGCCGGUCUUUUCUUCGCCGCUAUGGAAGUCGAACGUGUCGACUCAGAAAACGUGGCGGCGGAUGAGAUCGCUAAGCCGGCAAGCGAUGUAGGAGCCGGGGACGCGGCGACGUCCCACAGUGAACGUUUACGCCGCAAAAGCAAAAAAUAUGCUCGUACGAACAGCAAGGAGGGAGCAGGAGUGAGCGCUGUGACGCCCCUUCCCAAAUAUCGGAGUUGGAAAAAUAGCAGGAGACCGCGCAAUGGUCACGGACGGGGUUUGCCGAAGAAAGGUGGCGCCGGCGGCAAGGGAGUCUGGGGCGCCCCAGGCUCGGAGCUCCUCGAGGAGUACGUGGAGGACGCCAACGAUCCCAACUAUGACUCUGAAGCCGUCACCAACGGAGACAUCGAGUUUAAACAGGUCAUCGUGGAGGCGGAACCAGAGGAGAUUGUGCGCAAGGCGGAGCCGGUCAUCCUGGAGUACUUCGAGCACGGUGACACAAAUGCAGCUGUCGAGGACUUUCUGGAGUUCGUCACCGCCAAACGCAGCCACUUGGUCUGUGAGACAAUUGUCGAAAUAGCCCUUGACCACAAGCCGUCCCACUGCGAGAUGGCCUCUGUACUAAUAUCGGAUUUAUAUGGAGUGCUGUCCGCUAAGGACAUUGCAUAUGCGUUCGAGCGGCUGCUGGACAAGCUACCGGACCUGGUGCUGGACACGCCCGACGCGGCGGUGCUGCUGUCCAACUUCGUGGCGCGCUGCGUGGCCGACGACUGCCUGCCGCCCAAGUUCGUGCAGGCGCAGUCGGACGCUCGGCUCAGCCCGCCAGCCAGGCAAGCGAUCCACAGAGCAGAGACCCUGCUGUCUAUGAAGCAGGGGCUGGUCAGACUGGACAAUAUAUGGGGCGUCGGCGGCGGUAUCAGGCCAGUGAAGUCGCUGAUCCGUCAGAUCCAGCUGCUGCUGAAGGAGUACCUGACGUCCGGCGACCUGGCCGAGGCCAUGCGCUGCGUGCGGGAGCUCGAGGUGCCGCACUUCCACCACGAGCUGGUUUAUGAGACUGUAUUGUUAGCGGUAGAAGCUAUAAAUUCAAGUGUUGAGGAGCAGUUGUGCACGUUCCUGGCGGAGCUGAGCAGGUGUGUCAUCGUCUCGCCCGACCAGAUGGACAGGGGCUUCCUUCGCGUGCUGGAGGACAUGUCGGACAUCGUGCUGGACGUGCCGCUCGCGUACAUCAUGCUGGACCGCUUCCUCGAGCGCUGCCAGCACAAGUUCCGCCUCGGGGACGCCGUGCUCAAGCGGGUGCCCACCAGAGGGCGCAAACGUUUCGUGUCGGAAGGCGACGGUGGCGCCAUCAAGGAUCACGCGUUGAAGUUACGCGAGUAAACUGCGACGUCGCGUCACGGCGAGCCGAUCAACAAAUGCGGUACAUAAUAACAGAAAUACGAUUUAUUUAUGUUACUACUCUAUUAUAUUAUAAGGUUAUUGACUCGUCUAUUAUAUCGACAAAAAUGUCCAACGUCUUAUAAACUUUAGCUGUGCGAGUAUUUUGGUCUCUUUCUUCCUAAGGGAACAUUCAAUAUGAAAGAAAGGGACAACGUGCUAAUACGUGUUUGGAAGUUCUACCGUUGGAUGACGGUAACGAAAAGUUACGAUUGUUUUUUUUUUUUGCGGACGUAUGUAGUAAAUAGAUUUACUAUGUCUUACGUCGAAUCGAAUUUAGUUGUAUUUACAUACUGGUAAAUAUUAAAUAAUGAAAUUGGAAGCCAAAAAUGUAUAUGAGCGUCCAUGCAGUUAAAAGUGUUCAUGACAGAACGUGACAGCGUCGGAAUUAUAUGUAAUUUAUCAAAGAGAUUCAAUACAUCCGAAUGAUUAUUCGAAAAAAAAAAAUAUUGAACUAAAAUAUUAAUUAUAAAACAUAUUGUAUGUAAAUUUAGAGCUAAUAUUAUCCACUUACCAGAGGGAGAUUUUGUACAAAAGUCGAUUGCUUGGACACCUCUGUCCCAUACGUGUUUCUACCGUGAAGCAGUUGUGUUUGCAUGGCUGUGUUUCGGUUUGAAAUGUGGGAUAUGGCGUGAAUUUACACUGUACAGAGGAAUAACACCUGAGUCCUCAGGAAUGGCAAAGCAUGGGGGGUAUCAUGGGCGAAACAGUAUUCUUUGUUAUGUCCACGGUACUGCUCAUGUCUAUAGGCGACGGUUACCACUUUCCAUCAGGUGGGCCGUCAGCUUGUUCGCCAUUCUAAGUUGUAUAAAAAAAAAAACUUUUACCUGAUUUCACUGAAAUUUUAAAUAUUGUAUGUAGUUCUGGUAACUAACAUAUGUAAUAGUCAAUAUUGUAAUAUUUACAAAAUGGCCGCCGCCACAAGAUGGCGGAUGGCGUAUGUUUUCUCAACCCUAUUAAUGUCUGUGUUAAUUAAAAGCUUGUAGAGUAGGCAACAAUAAAACAAACGACCUCGACGACGAAAAUGGCCGAAGCCACAAAAUGGCGGGUCACAUUAUUAUUAAAUUUUGUUUUUAAACAUACUUUUUCAUUAAUCAUUCAGAAUAUCCAUCAAUUUGUUUUUUUUUUUUUAAUUAACUGAUAAUUCCUACGUUGGCACACUUUGUAACAAACGCUCUUAACUGAAAGCUUGGAUAAUACUCCAAGAAAGCUUGGUUACUCAUACCAAAUCAAUAUGUUGAUUAUCAUGAACGCUAAAGGUGAACGCUAGUAAUCUUAACGAAAUAUGCUAAUGCAAAUGUUUUUCGGCAGUCCGCAACAAAGUCUGUGACGCGUAAACGAUCCACCGUAUUUUUUUUUUUUUAUAAAAAAAAUAUGGCUGUUUGAGUACGUGUCUUCGCUUCUUAUAUUUUUUAAGACAAAGUGACACGUUCAAAGAGCCAUAAGUUUUUUAAACAAAUUAAUAUUGUAUAUUUUUAAGUUGUGUAUUCAAUCACCGUUUAUCAGACGUUGAUAUUUUUUAAUCGACGUCUAGUGACGUCUUAGUUUAGGUGUUUUUUUUUUUUCUAAUUUUUACGGUGUUUUUGAGCGCGGGGAGUUGCAGCGUGUUUGCGAGAGUGUUCCGUCUCUCUUUAAUGUUUAAUACGUUAUAUAACACAGUCUCUUUCUAUUGUUAGUGUACGCAUAAUACUUAAGGUUGACUGAGAUUAUUAAAUCAACAAUCAUUAAAGUACAAAUAAAGUGUGUAUUUUUUUUUUAAUUAUCAUCGAUUUAUUGAUUUUUACAAAUUAAAUCCAAUUAUUUGUUCGUAUAUAAUCAUACACUGAAUUUCUUUUAUUUGUCAGUGUAUACGUGAUUUGGAGUUUAAAAAUGUAUUACUGGCAAUAUCGAAAAAUGGCGCGUGUUUUAUUUAAAAAAAAUGUGUCAAAAGAAAACUAACCUUUUUAUGUUUUUUCUUUUUUUUAAUUAAUAAACUCUUGGACACCAGAUGGCGCCACUUAAUCGCAAGGGUUUUUUAAUGCAUGAUAAUGGAAUGGUAACCCCGCCUGCGCUAUUGCAUAUGCUGGCAGGGCACCAGUGAGGAUGAAAAUGUAGGCCAGUUAAUCCAUCGUGAUGAAUUCACCAUGGAGGUCGACCUGGUUGGGUAUAUUGCUAGCAAUGCGACUGGGGAGUUCGCGUUACUAACAAUCCCCUCCACCCUGAUCGCAAGGGUAGCAGCAAUAAUAGUAA